AUUUCAAUUUACUCACAGGAGCUCAACUUCCUGCUUCUUCAUCUAAAGUGGAAAACUGCUCAGAACAUUAGGACAUACUCUACGCACCUGCCCUGCAGCUCAACCUUCAUCCUUGGGCCAGUGUCCCAGUCAGAAUGUCAGCGCUCUGAAGAUGUGAGGCUGAAAUGAACUGAACUCUGAUUUCAUUCUCAAGUCGUGCGUCUGUUCUACAAGCAGCAAGACUCUUUUAAAAAACGAUGAUGCAGCUCAGCAUGAGGGUGUCUCUUGUUUUGCUGUGGGGGAUACUUUGUUGGCUAACCCCGGAGUCCAUGAGUGCUCCAACCCCAGAAAACAACACAAUUUACCAGACAGCUGAACAUAAUGAAUCACAGACUCCAACCAUCAGUCCAACCCACAAACCAGCAGAAGGUGGUGCUGCUACAACGGGGGUGAUGAACAAGGCAACCGUCCCUCACAGCAGCUCAGGGAAUGGAACUACGCAGUUAGUUGUGACAGAGAUGGCAACAACAACAACAACAAGCAGCUCAGGUGGAGGCUUGCUUCACACGUCUGCUGCAGUGCUCACAACUGAGGUAAAGCCUGUAAGCAGCACGACAAUCACAGGAACAGCAAAACCCACAGGUGACAAGCUACGUCAGCAAUCACCCACCCCUUCUACCAACACGACGGCCCCAUCGGCAACCUUUGCAGCAUCCUCAGCAACAAGUGCUACUGCAACCAAGCCUACAUCCACCAGGAUGCCUGAAGUGACAUCCACCGUCUCUGAGGCCUUUUCUAAUAAAACGUCAGUCUACACCAGAACCCAAAGCAGUCCUCAAGCUUCUACUGCACCCGCAACAACAGAGAACGCCACCUCUAGUGCAGCAACUGUGCUUCCCUCCACAAUUCAAGAGAAAUCCACCGCUAAAACUGGACCUCCAACCACGACCCAGCCUGUUUCUAUAACAAGAACCCACAACUCAUCCUCAGAGCUCACUACACCUUCCACUGGACUUCCAAACACGACCCAGCCUGUUUCUACAGCAAGAACCCACAACUCAUCCUCAGAGCUCACUACACCUUCCACUGGACUUCCAAACACGACCCAGCCUGUUUCUACAGCAAGAACCCACAACUCAUCCUCAGAGCUCACUGCACCUUCCACUGGACCUCCAAACACGACCCAGCCUGUUUCUACAGCAAGAACCCACAACUCAUCCUCAGAGCUCACUACACCUUCAACUGGGCCUACAACCAACUCCUUCUCCACCAACACGACUGACAACUCCACCUCUCCUGCAAUAAUCGGAAUCCCUCAUGGAUCCAAUACAUUACCAGCCACGACUAAAUCAACAAAAACAGCCUCAAAGAGUCCACCCAGCACUGUUACCAAGCCCUGCUCCACCUUAGGCGUGGUGAAGCACUGCCUCAUCGCCAUUGCCUCCCUGGCUGGGUUGGCCACCAUCUUCAUGGUCACCACCAUCGUCCUCUGCACCAAGCUGUCUGCGAGGAAGUACAAGAUGAGGAGAUCUCAACCAGCCACAGAGAUGAUGUGCAUCUCCUCCCUGCUGCCUGAAAGGAACUAUACCUACACCAGGCAACGCAACCCUGUGAGCAACGGGGUGCUGGUGAUGCACACGAGUGAAGACAGUGAUGAGGAAGAAGGAGGAGAUAACGUCACUCUCAGCAGCUUUCUUCCAGAUAAUGAUCGUUAUGUGUAGAUGGAAGUUUUAAUUCACUGUCACAUCAACAGUUGCUUUUUGAUGACAAUCAUUCUUCCUGUAUUUGUUGGCGGUUUGGCAUCAGUGCAACGCCCUAUUCCUGCAGAGGAAGAGACACAGAAACCACGAACACACACACACACACAAAGCCAACAGUGUGUGAGAUCUGGUUGACAAAUGUGGGUCUCAGGCAGGAGAAGAGACUUUUUUGCAAAACUUUACCUCCUGGGGAGACUCAGAAAGAGCACAGGGAUCAAAGAUUUUCUUUUUUUAACAUCCUGAGCUGGACUCUGAUGGUUUUUCACUCAGCGACAGGAGACAGGAAGGCUUGUUUAGUCAGGGGGAUUACUGUUCUUCAAAGACUGCUCGUUUUACAAGAGCUGCUCUGGUAGCACAAAGGCUUAAUAUGUGUAAACGCUGUAAUAUCAACAAUAAUGUUAUUUAAUGUGAAUGUGUUUCUAUGUGAGAUAAAGUUUCCGUUUUGUGAUCA